GUCCCCACUGCCAGCCCCAUGGAGGCGGGACAGGCUCCUGCCCGCCCCUGCCCAUGGGGCAUGGCCACCAGCCCCACAGCAUUUAGGAGGGACACCCUGACCCUCGGCAGCACCAGCUGGGCCUCGCACUCCUCUCACCACCGCUCAGCCCCACAGGGCCACCACGUUCUCCGCAGGACCGGCAGCUCCUACAAACAGCUCGGCAUGUACCAGUCCCUCGAGCCCUCCGGGCUGCCGCCCACGGGCUACGGCCAGUGCAACGUUGUGGGCAGCGAUGCUGGGAAAGCCGCCAGUGGCAGUGCGGGCAGCACAGGCAGCGCAGACAGUGCAGGCAGCGGGAAGGGGCCGACGAGCGGCAGUGCCAGCAGCGAGAACCCCUAUGCGGGGCUGGUGAGCCACCUGCGGGCAGCCUGGCUCUCGGGGAAGACGCGGCCCUUGGAGUAUCGCACGGCCCAGCUGGAGGCCCUGGGACGCUUCCUGGAUGAGAAGAAGCAGGAGAUCCUGGAGGCCACCGCCUUGGACAUGGGCAAGCCGUCCACCGAGGCUUAUUUCACCGAGAUCCUCCUGUGCAAGAAUGAGCUCAACGACACCCUGAACAACUUGUGCCGCUGGAUGAAGGACGAGCAUGUGGACAAGAACCUGGUGACACAGCUGGACUCGGCCUUCAUCCGCAAGGACCCGUACGGGGUCGUACUUAUCAUCGCGCCCUGGAACUACCCCAUCCACCUCUUCCUGGUGCCCCUCAUCGGGGCCAUUGCAGCUGGUAACUGUGUCAUCAUUAAACCCUCGGAGAUCACCAAGAACACUGAGAAACUUGUUGCUGAAACGCUGACCUGCUACCUGGACAGUGACUGCUUUGCCGUGGUGACCGCCGGCGUGGAGGAGACCACCAAGCUGCUGGAGAACAAGUUUGACUACAUCUUCUUCACCGGCAGUCCCACCGUGGGACGGAUCAUCAUGGAAGCUGCCGCCAAGCACCUGACGCCGGUGACGCUGGAACUGGGGGGCAAGAACCCCUGCUAUGUGUCCGACACCUGCGACGUGCAGAAUGUGGCCCGGCGGGUGGCCUGGGGCCGCUUCUUCAACGCGGGGCAGACGUGCCUGGCCCCUGACUACCUGCUCUGCAGCCUGGAGAUGCAGGAGAAGCUGAUGCCCGCCCUGCGUGCGGCCAUUGUGGAGUUUUUUGGCUCCAACCCCAAGGAAUCCCCCGAUUUCGGCCGCAUCGUGGGGGACAAGCAGUUCCGCCGCAUCCAGGCGCUGCUGCGCAGCGGGCGCGUGGCCAUCGGGGGACAGACGGAUGAGAAGGAGCGUUACAUCGCCCCCACGGUGCUGGCAGACGUGCUGCCGUCCGACCCCGCCAUGCAGGAGGAGGUUUUCGGGCCCAUCCUGCCCAUCGUCGUUGUGGCCAACAUGGACGAAGCCAUCGACUUCAUCAACGCGCGGCCGCGGCCGUUGGCCAUCUACGCCUUCUCCUGUGACUGCAAGGUGGUGAACCAGGUUCUGGAGCGGACGAGCAGCGGCGGCUUCUGCGGCAACGACACCCUGAUGCACGUGACGCUGAGCUCGCUGCCUUUUGGUGGGAUCGGAAACAGCGGUUUGGGGAAAUACCACGGGAAAUUCACCUUCGACACCUUCACGCACCAGCGCGGCUGCCUGCACCGCAACAUGGGCCUGGAGACCCUCAACUCGGUGCGCUACCCCCCGUACACCCCGCAGAAGCAGGGGCUGAUGACGGCCACCCUGGAGAUCAAGCGCAAGGGCAUGUGCACCCUGCUCUGAGCCUGCUCGCGGACCACGCGGGGACUGGGACCCCCGGGGGCCAAAAUCCACCCUGUUCCCUUGUUUCCUGAGCUGGAAGGAACCCAGCCGAGUUGGGUCUUGAUUUGGAAGGACGCCUCCUCCACGCUUGCUCCUCCCGCUCCGGACUGUUUGUCAGGACACAUCUGGAAGGGCCAAAAGUUAUAUUUCUCUCAGAGGAGCAGCCCAGGCCCAGCAGUAGCCCCGUCUCUCGUUAGAUUUCUUCUGGAUGAACCUUGUUCUCUCUCCUUGGUGCCGUCUGUCGCUUUCUCCUCCGCGUAACUUGUAGUAAAGCCUUUGCAUGGA